GACUCAAGGUGAAGCGGAGUAAAACUUUUCCCCCGCGAAUAAAGUUUCGGUUUCCCCAUUCCUUGAGUUUCCUGCGCUGUUUCCAUUUUUUUUCACGGAAGCCAAACGCGGUGCAAUUUCCCUCAGAACACGACCCCCUUCCUUCCUUUCGACCCACCGGAGCGAACCCUAAUUGCAUCUCUUCGAGAUUCAUUCGCAUUCUGAAAAAUCUCCAGAUCUACGGCCACAUUCCCGAUUCCGUCCCCGUUCCAUGGCCGGCCGUUACGAUUCCAACCCUUUCGACGAAGAGGAAGUGAAUCCGUUCGCAGGCCAAACAGGUGGAGGGAAAGGUUCAGGUCAAUCAAACUAUGGUGGAGGCGCAUUUUAUAUGACGCAUCCUGCUGCAACCUCAAGGCUCUCACCUCUUCCUCCUGAACCUGCUGGCUAUGAUCGGGGUGCCACAGUUGAUAUCCCUCUUGACAGUGCAAAGGAUUUGAGAACGAGGGAGAAGGAACUCCAAGCUAAAGAGGCUGAAUUAAAGAAGAGGGAGCAGGAAUUAAAAAGGAGGGAGGAUGCCGCAGCUCGAGCUGGAAUCGUUAUAGAGGAGAAGAAUUGGCCACCAUUCCUUCCAAUCAUUCAUCACGAUAUUGCAAAUGAAAUCCCAGCCCAUUUGCAGAGGUUGCAGUACGUUGCAUUCACAACAUUUUUGGGCCUAGUAGUGUGCCUUUUAUGGAAUAUCAUUGCAGUUACCUUGGCCUGGAUAAGAGGAGAAGGUCCGACAAUUUGGUUUCUUGCUAUUAUCUACUUCAUAUCAGGGGUUCCAGGGGCUUAUGUGUUGUGGUACCGUCCUCUUUAUCGUGCUAUGAGGACUGAUAGUGCUUUGAAGUUUGGGUGGUUUUUCUUGUGUUACAUGAUCCACAUUGCCUUCUGCGUCUUUGCUGCCGUUGCCCCUCCAAUUAUUUUCAAGGGAAAGUCUCUCACGGGAAUCUUGCCAGCAAUAGAUGUUGUGGGUGAUCAUGCUCUGGUUGGGAUUUUCUACUUCAUUGGAUUUGGAUUGUUCUCCCUUGAGUCACUGAUGAGCAUCUGGGUUAUCCAGCAAGUGUACAUGUACUUCCGAGGCAGUGGCAAAGCUGCAGAGAUGAGGCGUGAUGCUGCAAGACGAACGGUGAUGUCAGCGUUUUGACACGGCACGGAGUACAAAAAAUUGGGGCUUUUAGGCAUAUUCUUUGGUGGGGAUAAUGCCGAUAAAAUUGAAAUGAAUGACUACCCCAAUCAUUUUCUACUUUCUAUUCUGGUUUUGAGUUUGUUUAGGCGUUCGCUUAAGUAUACAUACAAAAAAAGAUACGACAUUGACACAGAUUGAGUUGGAACAUUUUAGUUCUGGACGUGGUUACUGACUUUGUUACUAGUUUGACACAUUAUUUUCCGGAUGUUAAUUGUACAAUCCUUUUUUAAGUAA